UGUCUUCUCUGCGUUCUCUACCUCGUUCAAAUGAUCCAAGCUGCACCUACUACUAAUUCAACUACUAUCAGUAAUGGUUUUGAAGCGCUAUUAACCGUGGACGAGAGAACCUUGUGGGGCAUCAUCUCUACCUGCGCUCUGACUUUUCUCGCGUGUAUAUAUAGCGCCAUUCAUCCCAAUAUUCCGAGUCCUCACGACAGCGACCUUCGUAUUCUAUGGCGACGGUUUGGCAUCAUGGUAGUCGCACUACUCGCUCCCGACCUAAUCGUUGGAUGGGCUCUGCGCCAGUGGAUUUGGACUCGUCAUAUUACAGCACAGUUUCAGGAGUGUUUCAGUCUUCAUCCCAAAGACUGGUCUAAAAUCAAUGAGCGUCCUGAAGCACCUGUAGCGCAAAACAAAGAUUACACAUGGACUCGGACUCACAGCUUCUUUCUUCUAAUGGGCGGUUUCAUGCUUUAUGUGGACGGGAAACCCUACCAAACACUAUCACCUGACCACCUUUUCUAUCUGAUACGUCAUGGGUCUAUCUGUGGCCCGACCCUGACGAAAAGGCAGAUCUCCGACCGGAGCAAAGGGAAUGUGAUAUCUAAAGGAUCAAUCCUCCUUCAGGGGUCUUGGUUUACUCUGCAGCUCCUUUCCCGCACCAUCUAUCACCUCGAGCCCACACAGUUUGAGGUGGGAACACUCGCGUUCGUGGUUCUCAACUUCAUUACCUAUACUGUGUGGUGGCAUAAGCCUCUGGAUGUAGAUUGUCCGCAUCCAGUCUACUGGAAGUCGACCAAGUCAAAGCCAGAGGUCUAUGUUGUCUCUGAAAACGACGAUCAUCCGAUGCCUUUGGAGCUUAUCGUUGUUUCAUUCUGUGACAUAUUUUUGAAAAUCCUUGGCAUUGAUGGCUUCUCUCCUCGAAAGCUACGAGCUGCAUCAUUUGAUGGCAUCCACAACAUUAAACUAAAACGCUGGGAAAGUAAUGUUCUGACGUUCGUUGGAUUUGCAAUUGCAACCAUAUUUAGCGGCAUCCACUGUACAGCUUGGUUUUAUUCCUUCCCCUCACAUCAAGAACAGCUCUUAUGGUGCACGAGUACCGUCACUAUAAUUAUCAUGCCCUGGCUUGGUUUCGCGGUGGGCUUCGUCCUGUAUAGAUGGAGAGCUAAAGAACAGGAUUCGGUGAAGUUUUAA